GUGACACUGGCGGCGAGCGGGAGCGGUGGAGCUGGUGCUGGGCAUUGGCCGCGAUUCUGGCGGAUCCCGACGUCUGAGCGGGGCGCAGGACUUUUUCCUGGAUUAACGCGACUGCGGCGACGCCGCAAGUCCUGGUGCGGUCGCUAGCCUUGGUGCGGUCGCGGCUCCCAGAUUCAGCGGCCGCUCCGCCUCUGAGCAGCUCUGUAGCUCCCGCCCGCUCCGGGAGAGCGACUCUGAGAGUUUCUCCCGCAGACAGAACUGGGACGCGGGGCCCGAGGCGGCGUGCAAGGGAUCCUGGGCCCCGGCCCCUGACUGGCAGCCGCGCGGGCACCCCAGCUGGAGGUGACCAAAUGAAAGGUUCUUUUGGACGCUCUGGCCAUGGAGAGUUAGCGUUUGUCUGAGAACUGGUUCUCCGCCUGAAUCAAGCACCUUCCAUUCUGUCCCUCUAAGGUCUCCUGAGUUGAAUCCCUAUCCAGAGAGUUCUUCUGUGGUAGUGAGGCCUUUCUGGGGGCCUGAUCCUGACCAGCCAUGGGGAGCACCCUGGGCUGCCACCGCUCUAUCCCCAGGGACCCCUCGGACCUGUCCCACAGCCGCAAAUUCAGUGCAGCCUGCAACUUCAGCAACAUUCUAGUGAAUCAGGAGCGCCUCAACAUCAACACAGCCACAGAAGAGGAAUUGAUGACCCUGCCCGGGGUAACACGUGCAGUGGCGCGCAGCAUCGUGGAGUACCGCGAAUACAUCGGUGGCUUCAAGAAAGUAGAAGACCUGGCACUUGUAAGUGGUGUGGGUGCCACCAAACUGGAGCAGGUCAAGUUUGAGAUCUGUGUGAGCAGUAAGGGAAGCUCAGCACAACACUCUCCCAGCUCGCUGCGAAGGGACCUGCUGGCAGAGCAGCAACCUCACCACUUGGCCACCUCUGUACCUCUCACCCCUCGUGUCAACAUCAACACUGCCACACCGGCCCAGCUCAUGAGCGUGCGAGGUCUCACAGAGAAGAUGGCAGUCAGCAUCGUGGACUAUCGCCGUGAGCAUGGGCCCUUCCGCAGCGUUGAGGACCUGGUGAGGAUGGGUGGUAUCAACGCUGCAUUCUUGGACCGGAUAAGGCACCAGGUGUUUGCUGAGAGGUCCAGACCUCCAUCCACUCACACCAAUGGGGGUCUGACUUUCACUGCCAAGCCUCACCCCAGUCCCACCUCCCUCAGUCUGCAAAGUGAAGAUCUGGACCUGCCACCAGGGGGGCCCACACAGAUUAUCUCCACUAGGCCUUCUGUGGAGGCCUUUGGAGGCACGAGGGAUGGGAGACCUGUGUUAAGGCUGGCUACUUGGAACUUGCAGGGCUGCUCGGUGGAGAAGGCCAACAACCCUGGAGUUCGAGAGGUGGUGUGCAUGACGCUUCUGGAAAACAGCAUCAAGCUUCUAGCUGUGCAGGAACUACUUGACAGAGAGGCCCUGGAAAAGUUCUGUGCAGAGUUAAACCAGCCGGUCCUGCCCAACAUCCGCAAAUGGAAGGGGCCCCGGGGAUGCUGGAAGGCCAUGGUUGCUGAGACACCAUCCACUCAACUCCAGAAGGGGCCUGGGUUCUCGGGAUUCCUGUGGGACACUGCGGCUGGGGUGGAGCUGAGGGAUGCUGCCUGGCAGGAGAGCUCACCCAGCAAUGGGCACGGGAAGCCCACGGGUCCCAGCCCGUUCCUCGCCCGCUUCAAGAUAGGAAGUAACGACUUGACCCUUGUGAACCUUCAUUUGGCAACCCUGGCCCUCCCAGGGGGUGAGAAUCCAAGCAAGAAUCACAGUGAUGGCCACCGCCUGGCUGGCUUUGCCCAGACCCUGCAGGAAACCCUGAAAGGGGAAAAAGACUUGAUUGUUUUAGGGGAUUUUGGCCAGGGGCCAGACAGCGGUGACUGUGACAUCCUGAGGAAAGAAAAAUUCCACAACCUGGUCCCUGCACACACUUUCACAAACAUCAGCACCAAGAACCCUCAAGGUUCAAAGUCUCUGGACAACAUCUGGAUCAGUAAAAGCUUGAAGAAGGUUUUCACAGGUCACUGGGCUGUGGUGCGAGAAGGCCUCACAAACCCGUGGAUUCCAGACAACUGGUCCUGGGGCGGAGUGGCAUCUGAGCACUGCCCUGUGCUAGCCGAGCUAUAUGCUGAGAAGGACUGGAACAAGAAAGAGGGUCCAAGGAAUGGCAACAGCGUCACCCUGGAGCGAAGUGAGGCCAACAUUAAGCAUGAGCGAUGAUGACAACAAAUGGGUUUCCUACUUUCUGACCCCAGAGGACACAGGAGAGGAGUCUGCCCUUCUCAGUGAAGUUGCGGAGCCAGAACUGCCUUUCACUCUUCCUUCUGACAUCAGCACCUGGGCUUUGACCCUCCUGUCUUCUUUGUGGAUGCUUCUGGACCUUGAAUGGGGGCCAGAGCACAUUGUGCCCUACAGGUGCCAGGUGGGCAAGUCAAAAGCCCAGGAGAGAACUGAAAUGUUUGCUAGUCUGGGGAUGCUGCCACCCUCAACAGACAAGGGCCGGCAUCCCCGAGAUGGUGGUGGUGGCCCGAAGGAAAAGAGUGAGCGGGCAGCUGCAGGCCUGCUCAGGCAAUGAGCGCCCGCUUGUGACCGCCAGUGUGUGUUGUUCGGGCUGCAGAUUACAUAAAGCUUUUACCUGUGAUUGAGCAUGCCCCUCCAAUAUUCCGAGUGGUGAUAUUUCAUUUUGUUUUGUAAAAAUAAACUGAGGUGAAUGAGCCUGGCUGCAGUGAGCACCCCUGGGGUGGGUGCCCACUUUAAAUGCCUCUGUGUGGGGCUGUGUCCCUUGGCAUCCUAAACACAGUGCACCUCAUCAGGGAACCUGCUCCGUUUACAUCCCCUCUUGAGACCUUGCAGGGGCACCUCUUCCAACCCAGACCCUCCUUUAUGUCAUUAUGUCAUCAUCUCUGCCUACCUUGGAGUUUCAGGCACUCAGCAUAGAUUCCCUUGUGCUGGACAAGAAUUCUCUCUGAAUGGAAUCACUUCCUCUCCACCUUCCCACUCUCAUUUCAAAUUGAUUCCCAGCCCAGAGGCACACUCUUGUUUUUUGGGAAUUGCUGUUGAUCCAGAAGCCACAGGCAGUGAUGAGGAAGGGUCAUUGGUGGAGGUAUGGGGGUUCAAGCACAUGUUAACUGCCUUACAUGCUAAGCACCCUCCCCUGAGCCAAGUUGGGUUCUCCCGUAAGUCCCCAUGAGAUCAUGAUUAUAAUAAGGCUUACAGAGCCUAACCUCCCAAAGAUCACAAAACUCAAAAUCCUGUGACAACACAGCAGCUCUGGUUCAACAACACUCGUGCUGUCAAGUGUCAACAGUGACAAUGAAUUUAUGAAUCAUGAGCCCAGAUGACCUAGGUGAUUUCCAGUUGGCCAAGAAAGCUGAAGGUCUACUCCUUCCACACCAAAGACUUGACGUGGAGCAGUACCUGAAGCUGCCAUCACUGCAGUGUAAAUCCAGUGACUUGGGCCGCAGGGCCAGAUGGCAGUGAAAAGGGCCCAUUUUCCACCAAAGACCACAGUCAGGUACCUGGCUUUAGACAGGGGUAGGAAGAAAGCUCUUUUGUGGGGGCUCGGAAGGUAUGUGGAUAUCAGUCAUGCCCACUCUCUGGGGCAUCUCUCCAGUGGAAGGGUAAACAGCACCUUCCCUGGGGUUAGGCUGUGCCUCUGGAAAGCCACCAAGGAAGAAUGAGAAAUCCUGGUGGUAGGGAAGGGUACUUCCCAGUGGAGCAGACCAUAGAGUCUCACCUAAAGUUCAAACCUCCACCUGCAUCACCAAUCAGAUGCCCCAAAUCCUGCGAGCCAGGUAUGUCUUUGCAUUAAAGUUAUGCAAAGAUAAGUCUUCUUAACUAAGAUGAGGGGAAAAGUAAUCCAGUUACAGGACUUCGGGAAGCGCCUUCAGUCUCAGCCAGAGACUGGGAGCAGAGUUGCCACAGCUACAUCUCCUGCAGGGCAAUCUCAGCCCUGGUGGCUCCUAACACCCAGCAGUCAAGAUCACUGGAACCCUGUCUGCAGAAACUGCUGUUAUUAGUCUAGCCCCAGACCUCCUAGGUUUUACCUUGGACUGGGGGGUUGUUGCUUUUGCUUUAUUUGUUUUAUUGUUGCCUGUAAUUAAUAGACAUUAUUUUUAAGAGUAGUUUUAGGUUUAUAGAAAAAUUGAGUAGAAAGCAAAGUUCCCAGUUCCCCUACAGUUUCUCCUGCCACUCACAUCUUGCAUUAGUGUGGAACAUUUGUUGCCGCUGAUGAACCAGCAUUGAAACAAUACCCUUUAAUGCAGCCAGUAGUUUACAUGCAGUCCUUUUACUAAUGUAAAAUUGGCCUUUGACUAAUGUAUAAUGACAUCCACAUUACAGUAACAUACAGAAUCAUUCUGUGAUCUAAAAAUCCACUGGGUUCCACCUAUUCAUCUCCCCACACCCACCCACCCCAGAAAACAUUUGUCUUUCUACUGUCUCCUUAGCUUUGUCUUUUUCAGACUAUCAUAUAGUCUGUAGACCUUUCAGAUUGGCUUCUUCAUUAAGCAACCUGCGUUUAAAGUUCCUCUAGGUCUUGGGGUUUUUGGUUUUUUGUUUGUUUGUUUGUUUUGGGGUGGGGUGAUAGUUUAUUUCUUGUUAUUGCAGAAUAAUAUUCUAGUGUAUGAAUUGACCUCUCCCUUUUGGAUUAUCCCUAAACUCCCAACCUUCUCCAGCUCUGUACACAUUGAGCAUCUCUAGAAUCUUCCCUCCCCUAUCGUGUUCUUCCUUCUGCCUUCCAGGGAUGUCUGAGUAGGACCCAACAGUAAAGCCACUUUGUUGGAGAAGCUAAGUGCGUCCCCUGCUACUGAACCAGGCUCCUAGAGGGGCAGGGGUGAAGGAAUUAAGUGCUAGAAGUUCUGAAACUCCCCCUCCCCCAGCCCAGUUGAAGCCCUGGCAGCCUCCCAGGUCUCCCUACCACAGAGCAUCACAGCAGACAAGAGCUCCGCCCCUCCUCCCUCAGUGGAACCUCCCUUUCUUGCCCAGUGUCCCCCAAGAGACCCUGUGAUCAGAGACAGUUUAUCCCUCUCUGUAGAGGAGACUGCAGGGCCCACAGCCAUCUGGCUUGGUUUUGCUGGCAACAGUGCUGCCCUUUUCUGUCAACAGAUGUAGCAGGGGUGACUCAGGGGCAGCCAGGAGACCUCCUGAGCCAAACGUAAUUGGGCCCAAACUAUGACUCCCUAACUGCUACUGAGAAGCAACAGAGCUGAGGGCUUCCCAUUCUAGCCUGUUCUGCCCUCAGCACUGGGCUCUUCUCAACUGUAGUCUGGCCCCCAGCUGCAGGACUGUCCAUCCCACCCUAUAGCCCACAAAGCAGGAUUUUCAUAGAACCUUCCAGAACCACAAGUUUUAAGGUGAAUUAAUAAAUGGAUGGCCCAUCUCUUCCCUCUCCACUGGUAAUUUGGUAAAUUCAAGAGGGUUGGCAGAGCUUGAAAUCCAAAGGUACUUCAUUUUUCAAAAGGAAUUGUUCAAGCUGGGGAACAGGAGCAUAGGUUCAUGAUAUUUUCUUCUUUCUAUUUCAUGUAUAUUUGAGAUGUUACAUAAUGACAAUGAAAUACAUGCAUAAACAAUAAAAGGUCCAAGCCAAGAAAAAAAUAGACAAUAGAACAUUUAUACUUUUAACAGACUAAUUAUCACAGUUCCUGGUAGACAAAGUCGAGUGAAGUUUUCACCACAGUGGGGUAUACAAGUGGAAGUGAUUCAUUCCUAUCAUUCUUUAUCUUGAUGCCACUCCUAAAGUGGGUAUUUUGCUAGGUCAGAGUCACUCUGGUGAUUGAGGGUUUAAUUCUAGAAUGGGGAAAUUAAAAUAUGUAUAUUUAGAGUAAAAUAAAAAUUAUAGAGGGAAGAGAAGAAAGGAUAUUUUUAAAGCCUUUGAAUUGCUUUUGCUUCAUUAAUCACACCAUGUGUACACCCAGGCUGGGCCC